GUCAGUCGCCGCGCACCCUCGUCCCGAAGACCUCAACGCUGGUCGCCUUCGUGCACGCGCGCAAAACGUCCAACCGAGACGCGAUCCUCCACGUACGUUUCGGAUCCGUGUAGUUUUUUUUUCCUUUUUUUCUCCGGUCGACCAUGGACGGCACGCGCGGUUCUCCCGUCACCGUGACCGCCACCAAGAAGACCAUGUCCCGGUCGUUCCUGAUCGAUUCGCUCAUAGGUGGCGUCAAGCAUCCCAUCGCCGGCGCCGCGACCGCGGCCGCGGUGCCCUAUCAUCCGCAGCUCAACGAGUACAUUCAGUUCCUGAACAGGACGGCAGCGGCGGCCGCGGCAUACGGCGGCUAUCAGUCUCCGGCGUCCGUCGUGUUCCCGUCAUCCCCUUCCGCGAUCGCCGCAGGACCGCGGAUUUUCGGUUACCCGGUGGUCAGCGGUGGCGGCGGCGGCGGAAUCGCCAGGGAUCAACAGCACCACCACAAGCAUCAACCGGUCGUCAAGCCCGUGGCUGUCGUGGCCACGGGACAUCGGACCAAGCACGCCAAGACGUCCACCGCCAAGAAACGAAACGUCGACGAGAUGAUGUCUUACGGAUCACCGGAGCACACCGGCGGCAGCAGCGCAAUUCAGGCGGAUCCGCUGCGCGAGAACGGCGAGAGCGACACGGACUCGGGGAGCUCGAAGAGGAUCAGGACCGCGUUCACCAGUAACCAGCUGCUGGAGCUGGAACGCGAGUUCUCUAGCAACAUGUACCUGUCGCGGCUGAGGCGCAUAGAGAUCGCCAACUGCCUGCGGCUGUCCGAGAAACAGGUGAAGAUCUGGUUCCAGAACCGGCGGGUCAAGCACAAGAAGGAGGACGGACCGGCCGCCGGUUCGCCGUCCACCACCGCGUCCUCGUCGUCCUGCUGCAACUGUUCCAAGUCGUGUCACCUGCGCGCGUCCCCAGCGCCCGAAACCGGUGCCGGGUGCCGGCGGCCCGAUGACGACGACGACGACGACGACCGCGGCCGCUGUGAUCGGUUCUAACCGCCGGUAACGUCCGGGCGUCGGCUGGAUACCGCAGGAGACCGCAACGGCAGAAGAGCGACGAACGGCUGUGACGGACAACGCGCGGCUUACGCGAAAGUCCACGGGGACGCGGCCAGACGGUUCUGCGCGUCCUGCGGUUUGAACGAACGAAACGUUCACUACGGAUUGUUAUCCGUUAGACCGUAUUAUAUGCUUUUGUGUAAAUAAUGUAAAUGUUCAUUACGUUUACCGGGUGCGCAUUGCACCCGUGUACGCGUAUAAUUAUUACGAUUGAAAUAUAAAUACAAAUUUUAAUUUUUAA